CUCACUUAUGCUGCAAGAUUCUCUGAGGAAUCUCAUAGGUUCACAUUAACAAACAUGUAGAAGACGCAAAGCAAGAGAUUAACACUCGAUGAGGAGAAAUCACACAUCACUCACAAAACUCGUUGGAGAUGGAUUCUACAAAGAAGCGCUUUCCCUCUUCUCCCACCUCCACUCUUCUUCUUCUUCUUCCCUUACCCUUCAUUCCUUCACCUUCCCCACUCUCUUCAAAGCAUGCGCCAAACUUCGUUUCCCUUCCCACACCCAAACCCUCCACGCCCAUUUCCUCAAAACCGGUUUCCACUCCGACCCUUAUGCUACCUCCGCCCUGACCGCUGCUUAUUCUGCCACCCCUCGCCAUUUCUCCGACGCACUCAAGGUAUUUGACGAAAUGCCCCAACCAAACGUUGCCUCUCUCAAUGCAGCGCUUUCGGGUUUAUCGCUAAAUGGGCGUAGCGGAGAAGCUAUCCGGGUGUUCCGGCGAAUUGGGUUGGGCCCCUUGAGGCCCAAUUCGGUCACCAUUGUGUGCAUGCUUGGUGUUCCUCAUGUAGGUGUCAACCAUGUUGCACUGAUGCAUUGCUGCGCGUUGAAGUUAGGAGUUGAAUUUGAUGUCUAUGUUGCCACCUCGCUUGUCACUGCGUAUUCCAAGUGUGAAGAGUUAGUUUCUGCGACUAGGGUAUUUGAGGAAUUGCCUGUGAAGAGUGUAGUGAGUUACAAUGCUUUUAUUUCUGGUUUGUUGCGGAAUGGGGUUCUUCAUUUGGUGUUGGAUGUGUUUAGGGAAAUGAUGAGAGAAGUGCGUUUGGAGUGCAAACUCAAUUCAGUGACGUUGGUGUCUGUUCUUUCUGCUUGUGGUAGUCUACAAAGUGUUCGUUUAGGGACGCAGGUUCAUGGGCUUAUUGUGAAACAUGAAGUGGAUGAUGGGGUUAUGGUGGUGACUGCACUUGUCGAUAUGUAUUCAAAGUGUGGUUUUUGGCGUUCUGCUUUUGACGUUUUCACGGGGGCGGAAGGGGACAGUAGGAACUUGAUCACGUGGAACUCCAUGAUUGCUGGAAUGAUGUUAAAUAAAGAGAGUGAGAGAGCUGUUGAUAUGUUUCGACGGCUGGAAUCUGAAAAGUUGAAGCCUGAUUCAGCUACUUGGAAUUCCAUGAUUAACGGGUUUGCACAACAAGGGGUGUGUGGGGAAGCUUUUAAGUACUUUAGGGAAAUGCAGUCUGUUGGUGUGCCUCCGUGUUUGAAAAUUGUUACUAGCAUUUUGUCAACGUGUGCAGAUUCAUCUAUGUUACGUCAUGGAAAAGAGAUACAUGGGUUUGCUUUAAGAACUGAUAUCAAUAGGGAUGAUUUUUUGGCUACUGCUCUGGUUGACAUGUAUAUGAAAUGUGGGCAUGCUUCUUGGGCACGAGAAGUUUUUAAUCAGUUUGAUGCAAAACCAGAUGAUCCUGCAUUUUGGAAUGCAAUGAUAGGGGGGUAUGGGAGAAAUGGAGACCAUGAAUCUGCUUUUGAAUUCUUUGAUAAAAUGCUGGAAGAAAGUGUUCGACCAAACAGUGCUACAUUUGUUAGUGUUUUAUCUGCUUGCAGCCACACAGGUCAGGUUGAUAGAGGGUUAACAGUUUUUAGAAUGAUGAUAAGAGAGUAUGGCUUGCAGCCAAAGCCUGAGCAUUUUGGCUGUAUUGUUGAUCUUUUAGGUCGGUUUGGUCAGUUGGGUGAAGCUCAAGGCCUGGUGCAGGAAUUAGCAGAGCCUCCUGCAUCUGUUUUAGCUUCUUUGCUCGGUGCUUGUAGGUGUUACCUAGAUUCAAGUCUUGGGGAAGAAAUGGCAAUGAGGCUUCUAGAUGUAGAACCAGAAAAUCCAACUCCUCUGGUUAUCUUGUCUAAUAUAUAUGCCGGGCUAGGAAGAUGGAAGGAAGUAGAAAGGGUAAGAGGGAUGAUCACGGAUAAGGGAUUGAACAAAUUCUCUGGCCUUAGCAUGACAGAAGUUGCAUCGAAAUAACACUUAUAUAUAAAAAAUUUAAAUAAAAUGUUCUUUCAGAUAAUAUAAGAGUUUGUUACAUUUGGAGUAUCUCCACAAAAAUCACUGAAUAAAAAUUUCCUUCACUGCAAAUCCAUAGUAAUCAUCAAAAUGGUAAGGAGGUUCAGUUACAAAACAAGAGAUAACAUCUCUCAGUGUAAUGACUCCAACUAAUUCAUCCUGUCCAUCUACCACAUGAAUCCUGUGAAUAGACUGAGAAGCAAGAGUAUGGAUCACACUCUGCAGUGUCGAGUCAAGCUUGCAUGUUAUAGGCUCGUGGCUAGCGUUCCCAGUUUGCAGGGACGAAGAGACAAUUCUUUCCAGGAAAUCUAUCACAGUCAGUUUCCUGGAAUUCAAAACAGAGUAGCAGCGAGUAGAACAUUUCAGACUUAGCAGCAAGUAUCUGAUGUCUCGUAUGCUCACGUUUCCAACAAUUUUCUUCCCUGGCCCCUCUACUACCGGAAGACCACCGAUUUUAUUAUCCCUCAUUUGCUUGAAAGCUUCAAGAACCAACUCAUUGCUCUGAAUGCUAAUAACCUGGACAGGAAGAAAAAUUAUGUUUUUAAACCUUACAGCCAAGGGAAACUGAAAAUUUAA